UGUUAGGGGCUUCUCUGGCUUUCUUCUCUUUACACUUCAGUCCACAUUUUUCAUCACUGUUUCUCCAUUGGCUAUUGGUCUUUUAUACUGUCAACCAUUCAACUCUAUUUGUAUCUCUCCUCCUUGCUGAGCAGGAAUCGAUAUUUCCAAUGGCAGUGAUGCAUAAGUCGAUGACAAUCUUGCUCUCGCUAAUCUCACUUCUUUCUUUAUGCUCUCUACUUCCGUCCGCACUCGCGAUCGCAUCCGGUGAUGGUUAUACUAUUAAUGGUCGUGUCAAAAUUCCUGGCUUUAGCUUGAAAGGAUCUGGUUUGGCAGCUAAAGCAUCAAAUGUCAAAGUCCUACUCAAUGGUGGCCAAAGAGUUACUUUCCUGAGACCUGAUGGAUAUUUCUCAUUCCAUAAUGUGCCAGCAGGGACGCAUCUCAUAGAAGUAUCUGCAAUUGGCUAUUUCUUUUCUCCAGUCCGAGUUGAUGUCAGUGCCAGAAACCCUGGAAAGGUUCGAGCUGCAUUAACUGAGAAUCGAAGGAACCUGACUGAGCUGGUUUUGGAGCCACUGGGAGAUGAGCAAUAUUAUGAGAUAAGGGAACCCUUCUCCGUUAUGUCUCUGGUGAAAAGCCCAAUGGGUCUGAUGGUUGGAUUCAUGGUGGUUGUGAUGUUUUUGAUGCCAAAAUUAGUAGAGAAUAUGGAUCCUGAAGAAAUUAGAAAAGCACAAGAGGAAAUGAGAAGCCAAGGAGUUCCCAGUCUUUCAACCUUGUUACCUGGGGCCCAAAGGAGCAACUAGUGACUAUAUUAAGAACAUUGAAGCUUUACAUUGAUAAGCGGAAUACAUCUGCUGCCAUUUUAUGGAAAAGUUGAAAUGAUGUAAAAUUCUAGUUCCAACAAUUCAUCCCAUGCUGUCGAAAGUCUCUGAUGACCAAUUAGUUGAAUUGAUAAUCUUAAAGACCUUUGUUUCCUCUGGUUAGAGACCGGUAUCUUUUUACUCAGUUUUAUUAGGUUUUGAUGUGGAUUACCCCAAGAGGUUUUGAGUAUUUGGUAGGUGUAUGGUGUCUUUUAAACAGCCUUGGAUUUAAUACCAUGUAACCAAGUCCUGAUUUCAUUGUAUGUUGAAGCAUUAGUAUCUUUAUAUAUGCUUAUGCUAAGUUCUAGCUUUCUGGU